UCUAUGCCUCAAAUGAACGUCUCGUUCUCUUGGUUGUCUUGGUUGCUCUCAUAGAGGGUUGCCAGUUGCCGAUUUUUGUUCUGUGGAUUUUUGUUCUGUGCGGUCGUGUUCUCUUCUACAAUACCUUGUUGCUUGAUCCGACGGAGAAAACAGAGGAGGAAGGGGAGUGCGACGCCGCCAACUUGUCGUUCCCGUUCCUUGUUUAGUCAGGAAUUUAAUCCGUUGAUUACGUGAUUACGCGUAGCCUCGAAGUGUUCACACCCGAUAGGAAUGCACCGCGGCUUGAAGCCAAUGCCAAAGCUGUGACCGUCGCUACUAUCCACCAUGAACAGCGAUUCCUCGACAUCGAAAGCGACAGCGUUGGCGUCGCUGACCGAGACGUACACCGAUUCGGAAGGCGAACUCGACUCAGAGCCAGAGACCAUCGAGCGCAAGGAGCCGAGCAUCGAGAGCACGCCGAACUCGCAGAGUGGAGUGCCGCUCGUCUCGUACCGCGCCGAGGACGAGGACGAGGCAGUCGGUGAGGACGACGAAGCACACGCCGAGUCUGGCCAGGUGCUGUACGUACGGCCCGAGUCUCCAGUCUCCUUCCACCGAUGCCUGCAGAGCUUGGGGCCGAAUGGCGUGUUCCUGCCGCCAGAGCCGCCGGGCCGCUGCGCGCCGGCUCUUCAGGAGAAGAUCGCACGCCUCUAUGAGCGGAAGGUUCGUGAUGGGCGAGACAUGAAUGCGUCCAUCCAGAUGCGUAAGGACUUCCGCAACCCGAGUAUCUACGAAAAACUGAUUGCGUACUGCGGCAUCGACGAGCUUGGCACUAACUACCCACCGGAGACGUACGACCCGCACAGCUGGGGCCCGGACUCGUACUAUGAGGAACUCUCACGGCGCCAGAAGGAGGAGAUGGACAAGCGCGAACGUGAGAAGAAGACCAAGGUGGAGUUCCUCACGGGCACGGCCAAGAAGCCCGAACCGCGCAAGAGUAAAUGGGACGUGGGUGGAACGCAGCCCGUGCUGGGCGUCGCGAGGCCCCUUGCGGCCGUCCCUUCUGCCAUCCUGCCGCCGCCGCUGGCGUCCAGGCCGACUGUCAUCUCGGCCUUCGGCACGUUGCCCAAGAAACCCGCCGCCAAGCCAUGAGUGUGCUGUGCUCCAUACAGUGGGCGUGUCUGCGGCAGGUCUUUCCCCUCUUAUUGUUCGUGCAGGCAGCGAAGCCGCAGUGGCACGCAUCACUUUUGAUUGGUACAAAUCUGGUGACGCCUUGGGCAGGAAACAAAGAAUACUGUGUAUCUGAAAAUGAAACUGGCCCACAUUGUGGCUCCAAAUGUGGUCAGAAAAGCACAAUUAACCCUUGACAUGUAAAUAAACAAGACCACUCACUGGUUGUUUAAUUGGUGAAAUUAAUUUUAAAAAAAAGGAAAGGGACAUUGUAGGCAGCUCAGGCCGCAUACUUCCAUAGCAGCCUCAGUCUACAAGCAUGCACAAAGGUUUUUGGAGCAUGCAAUCCGAGGGAAAAAAUGACACGAUUGUAGCAAACACAUUCUUUCAAAUUAUAAAAGGCCUAUGUAUAUGUACUUCAGUUUACAGAUACCACAUUUCUUAUUUAUUCUUCCUGCUGAGUGGAGAAGUGACGAUGUUUAACUUCUGCAAAACUUAAUGCUCCAGAAGCUUUUAUGGUUGACUGUACAUACCGAAUUGCAAUCUUAAGCCAUGGUCUCACAGCUGGCUCUAUACUCAAACGCAGCUUCUACCACUGGACAUCACAGGUGUAGUCUGUGGGCAAAUUGUGAUUCAGUCAGUAAUUUUCAUAACUGCUGCCUCCAUUUGUUAAUUUGUUUCAUGAUUAUCAUUAAUAAAACCUUAUUUUUUGACAA